AAUGUUUUAGAAAAGAAAAAAACUCCCGUUGUGUUCUUUGCUGCUGCACUCUCACGUAUCUCCCCUCUUUCUCUGUUCUUCGCCUGAGAUCCCGAAAAUUGGAGAGGGCGUUGAAAAACUUUUGGACCCGGCAUAUGCGAGGAAGCUCCGCUAUUAACAUGUUGUUGAGGGAGGGGAUGCCAUCGGUCAACGAUUUGAUGCAGUGGCAGGCGAAGCACUAGAACAUCUGUGCUCUUAGCAGCGACAAUGACGGCGACCUUAAUCCCGUCGCAGCACAUGGACAUCAUUUUGUGAGUUCGUUUCUAAAAUAUUCUUUUUUAAUUAUUAUUUUUUUCUUCACACAAACAUAACAGAUAGUAUUAACGCCGUUUUCGGCGGGAGAGAGUCAUUCAACUGGACGCUACAUACCUCGUGACUCGUGUCAUAAUAUGGAAGUGCUGGGCACGUGGAGGGGCCGGCUCCUUUUAUAAGUUCCCCACUCCUUCCCUCCUUGUCCGUGUAUCAGCCUAAUUCCUUCAAGCUUUUCCUCCCUGCUUAACUCUUCAAGGUUCGACCAGUUCAUUCAUUCUUCGGCGGACAAUGACGAUAGCCUUGAAGACCUCCGACGGUCAAAUAUUCGAGGCAGGGGAGGCGGCGGCGACGCAAGCGGGGGUGAUCAAGCUCAUGAUGGAAGACGGCUGCGCCGGCGACAUCAUCCCCAUCCCCAACGUCACCGGCGCCACCCUCUCCAAGGUCCUUCAGUACUGCAAGAGGCACGCUGACGCCGAUGCUUCCGCAAGCACAUCCGUCGCUGGUUCCGCCGCCGGCGCUCUGGAGUCCUGGGAUGCCGACUUCUUGAAAGUCGAUCAAAACGCCCUAUACGAUCUCAUCAUGGCUGCGAAUUACUUGGAUGUAAAGGGGCUGCUGGAACUGACGUGCCGAGCGGUGGCGGAUAUGAUAAAGGGGAAGAAGCCGGAGGAGAUAAGGAAGAUAUUUAAUAUUGAGAAAGAUUUCACGCCGGAGGAAGAGGAGGAGGUUCGGCAGGAGAACCAGUGGGCACUCGAGUGAAUGAAAUUUUGAACACGCGACGGCAUAGUUUAAUAAUUUCAUAGUGGCUGAUAUUAGGGCAGUAAUUUUAUUAGUAGCCAAUUUUUUUUUUUUGGAGAAAAUUUUUGUGUAGGUAGCAUAUUACGAUUUAGAUAUUUGGUGAUCGGUAAAACUUUAUAAAAUUGUUUUUGCUGAGAAAUUCAUUUAAGUGGAUUUAUUUAUCAUUAUUUUUUUUAAA